AUGUCUCGAGGAACUUUCGAUUGGUUGUUGACCAUAGUAGGGCCAAAAUUAGAUAAAAAAUCAAAUCCUGAUCUACAGAUAAUACCUGGUCGCCUUCCCGUCAAUUUGGAAAAACAACUUCUAAUAACUCUUUGGACACUUGCUACACCAGAUUCAUAUCGAUCUAUAUGCGAUCGUUUUAAUGUUGGCAAAGCUACUGGUUUGCGCAUUGUAAGACGUGUCAUAAAUGCUCUUAUUAGCCUUCGAGAACAAUUCAUAACAUGGCCAACAGAAGACGAGGCAAUUGAAUCUAUUGCAACAUUUAAACAGGACAAAGGUUUUCCAAAUGUUAUUGGAGCAAUAGAUGGAACACAUAUUGUUAUAGAAGUAGAAUAG